AACUUAAUAGGCAUUGAACCGAACGUGGUGUACACUAGGGUUUUGGGUUUUACCAUUCAAAAAGUGGGUUUAAUAGACCGGGGGCACAGAUCUGCUGGUAGAACCCGGUUUGGUUUAAAUCCCUAACGAGCUUGUUCUUGUUACUAUUGCAAAAUCGACGACGAGAGAGACGUGGUCAGCCAUCGACUCCCAGGUAUCUUUUUUUCCAGACAUCUAAAAAUGGCUUUCUCCACCAAACUCGCCGUCUUACAACAAAACACAAGUGUUUCACUGACAACAGUGCUCGGUUCACUCCGUUACAUUUCCACAAAGCUCUUCGUUGGUGGCCUAUCACCCGGAACUGACGACAGUUCCUUGAAGGACGCUUUCUCUACCUUCAGCGGAGUCUCAGAUGCAAGAGUGAUGACAAACAAAGUGACUGGGAGGUCUCGAGGUUAUGGAUUUGUUAACUUCAUGAGCGAGGAUUCUGCUAAAUCUGCUAUUUCAGCUAUGGAUGGACAGGAGUUGAAUGGGUUUAACAUCCGUGUGGAUGCUGCAAAAGAAUGGCCAAGCUUGCCUUUGGGAGAGAGUGUAGAGGAUGAGAAGAAAGGCAAUAAGAUGGUGGGGAGCCGAUCUGUAUGGAAAGAUCCGUUCGUCGACGCCUUCUUGAUGAAGAAGAAAAACGCAGCUCUGAACAGGAAGAUAUGGUCAAGGAGAUCGACGAUUCUGCCAGAGUAUGUUGAUUCGUCUGUGAGGAUCUACAAUGGGAAGACUCAUGUGCGUUGUAAGAUCACAGAGGGGAAAGUUGGGCAUAAGUUUGGAGAGUUUGCGUUUACGAGAAAAGUGACCAAGCAUCCUAGAGCCAAGUAAGUGUAGUGAAGUGAAGUACGUUCUUGAGAAUGAUCUUUAGGAUGCUCAUUUUUUCGAAAGAUGAGAAACUUUUGUAAGCCAUUGAUCAUUGAAAGUGUUUUCUCUUGUUGUUCAUGAUUCUUAGGUAGUGAUUUUUCGAGAUGUGGAAAAUCAACUUUAAAUCCAUCAUUUCAUCUACAUGAAGAUAGUUCUUUGACAGUGAUUUCAAUUAGUAAAUAAAAUUCAAGGUUGUAAA